AUGCAAACUAGAAAUGCUUUUUCUUGGCUAAAGAAACAGAUUACUCGAUCUAUUUCCGUAUCGCUCAUGAUAUAUAUCUUAACUCGGACGUCCAUUUCAAGUGCAUAUCCCAUUUUUGCACAGCAGGGUUAUGAAAAUCCACGAGAAGCGACUGGGCGUAUUGUAUGUGCCAAUUGCCAUUUAGCUAAUAAGCCCGUGGAAAUUGAGGUUCCACAAGCGGUACUUCCUGAUACUGUAUUUGAAGCAGUUGUUCGAAUUCCUUAUGAUAUGCAACUGAAACAGGUUCUUGCUAAUGGUAAAAAAGGGGGGUUGAACGUCGGGGCUGUUCUUAUUUUACCGGAGGGGUUUGAAUUAGCCCCUCCCGAUCGUAUUUCUCCUGAGAUGAAAGAAAAGAUUGGCAAUUUGUCUUUUCAGAGCUAUCGCCCCAAUAAAACAAAUAUUCUUGUGGUAGGCCCUGUCCCUGGUAAAAAAUAUAGUGAAAUAACCUUCCCUAUUCUUUCCCCGGACCCUGCUACUAAGAAGGAUGUUCACUUCUUAAAAUAUCCUAUAUACGUAGGCGGGAACAGGGGAAGGGGUCAGAUUUAUCCCGACGGCAACAAGAGUAACAAUACAGUUUAUAAUGCUACAGCAGCAGGUAUAGUAAGCAAAAUCAUACGAAAAGAAAAAGGGGGGUAUGAGAUAACCAUAACGGAUGCGUCAGAGGGACGUCAAGUGGUUGAUAUUAUCCCUCCCGGACCAGAACUUCUUGUUUCCGAGGGCGAAUCUAUCAAAUUUGAUCAACCAUUAACGAGUAAUCCUAAUGUAGGCGGAUUUGGUCAGGGAGAUGCAGAAAUAGUACUUCAAGAUCCAUUACGUGUCCAAGGACUUUUGUUCUUCUUGGCAUCUGUUAUUUUGGCACAAAUCUUUUUGGUUCUUAAAAAGAAACAGUUCGAGAAGGUUCAAUUGGCCGAAAUGAAUUUCUAGAUUCGCAGAUUUAUCGAUAUCAAGUACGUAAAAAGAACCAAAUUCUUGUUGGCGAUUAUUUAUGAUCAAAAAAAUGAAAUUAUGAAAA